AUGUAAAUCUUCGUUAAGACUUUAACUGGUAAAACUAUUACCCUCGAUGUUGAAGCUUCUGACACUAUUGAAAAUGUCAAGGCUAAGAUUCAAGAUAAGGAAGGUAUUCCUCCUGAUCAAUAAAGACUUAUCUUCGCUGGUAAGUAACUCGAAGACGGUAGAACCCUUUCUGACUACAACAUCCAAAAGGAAUCAACUCUCCACUUAGUUUUGAGAUUAAGAGGUGGUAUGUAAAUCUUCGUUAAGACUUUGACUGGUAAGACCAUUACCUUAGACGUUGAAGCUUCAGAUACCAUCGAAAAUGUUAAGGCUAAGAUUCAAGAUAAGGAAGGUAUCCCUCCUGAUCAAUAAAGACUUAUCUUUGCUGGUAAAUAACUUGAAGAUGGCAGAACUCUUUCUGACUACAAUAUCCAAAAGGAAUCAACUCUCCACUUAGUUUUGAGAUUAAGAGGUGGUAUGUAAAUCUUCGUUAAGACUUUGACUGGUAAGACUAUUACCUUAGAUGUUGAAGCUUCUGAUACUAUCGAAAAUGUCAAGGCUAAGAUCCAAGAUAAGGAAGGUAUCCCUCCUGAUCAAUAAAGACUUAUUUUCGCUGGUAAAUAACUCGAAGACGGAAGAACUCUUUCUGACUAUAACAUUCAAAAGGAAUCUACACUUCACUUAGUCCUUAGAUUAAGAGGUGGUUUCUGA